AUGUCCCAGCAGGACAUUUUGAUGCGCCAUGGCUUCGGUCUAGUCGGCGUGAUCACCUGCAGUGGAACGGCCUUCGCACCCUUCCGAGCUCUCCUUAGAGCACGGGAGACUGGCUCUCUGGCCGGCAUGGACACGCGGUCCUGGCCACUCUACUUCAUCAAGUCCAUCACCGGGACGCUGUAUGCCGUCAUGCUGGGGGACAUGUAUGUGCUGCUGGCGAACGUCAUUAGCGUGGUGAUGUGGAUGUAUUUCUGCCUUGCUGCUAUUGGCCUGCUAUCACGUGAGGAGGGUGAGCUAGCACCGCCAGCCCCAGACGACCUGGGCGACGCGGGCUUGCUGAUGCGGAAGGAUGCUCUACAGCUUCACGAGCUUUCAAAGGCCUACCGCAAGAAGGCCAUCCGGCGAACCGAGCAGCAGGUGUCCCUUGGUAUGGGCCUUAUGUUCGUCCUAUCCUUUCUGACACAAGUGCAAGGGCAGGAAGGCCUUGAAUUCCUUGAUGUCUUGUCCGUGGAGCAGCGCUUGUAUGCCUUUUCCUUGCUGAGCAUGGCCAUCAGCCUCAUCUGUUACUCAGCGCCGAUAGGGCGCCUGUGGGUACUGAUUCAGAAGAAGGAUGGCUCCUCCGUGUUCGUUCCCUAUGCCCUGGCGCAGUGCGUGCACAACUUGGUGUGGCUGGGUUAUGGCAUGAUCCUGGGGAAUGUAGCUGUGAUGGCGCCGAACAUUCCCGGAGUCUUCUGCACGGUCGCGCAAAUCCUCAUCAAGCUGAGGUGGCCGGGGGACGCGGAAAGCUCAGAUCGGGCGCCCGACGCGGCCAAAAGGAAGGAGAGCUUCGCCCAG